AUGGUCUCGGGAACUGUUCCGGAGACGGCUUUGGCUGCUGCGAAAAUGAUGAAAUUCAAAAACUGCACGGCUGCCGAUAGUGCACAUACGGUGAAGCCGGCGCAGACUCAGAUCUGGGAUUCAAUUCGCAAGGGCGGCCGUCGCGAACUGCAUGUAUUCGGGUCCGAAGGUCUGCAUGCUGGCGGUGCGGUACGGUACGGGGUUCGCCUUCGACGAUGA